AUGACGCCCUCGCCACCCCAUGGUCCUCUUCAUUUCCUCGCUGACGUCGCAAUUCACCCAGCACGACAUUACACGUCCCAAACUGACAAUGCGGCUGGCCCAUCUAAUCAAUACUCCAUGUCAUCUCCCACCGUUGCCAGUCUGCACAUAUCUUGUGGCAAAGACGCGUCUAGCCUUUCUAGCCCAGAACCCAUACCGCUGAAGCGUUCCAACUCCUCGAAUCGCUUCGAUACCGAGACUCGUUCAUCUCUCCGUCGUAAAAAGAACCACAAGACUCCCUCAUAUUCUUCUAAAGCUCGACUGCAGCUCAAGAAUCGACGAAAGGAACUCAUGGAGAAAGCCAUGAAAAUCAGGUCACUCGACAACUCUCCUGUGAACAGUCGUCAAUUUAUCGUCCUUCGCAUGGUUUAUGAUGAAAUAACAAUGUACCCCAGUGAAUCCUGGAUGGUUUUAAUGGCGAUCAUCAUUCGGCGAGCCUUCAAACAAGUGAAGAACUGGUUUUCGAACGAACGUCAGAAAAAUAGAAGUGGAAAAGUUAUUCCAGUCGAAACUGGUGAGGGCGACAAAGUGCGACUGCGCCCUUUGGCAAUACAGGCAUUCCAAGAGUGGUCAGACAAGUUAUUUGAAGAAGUUGUCAUGAUCCAUAAUUACAAGGUUCUUCGGAAUUCACGACAAGAGGAUGCCCCCAUGGAUUUUCCUCAUGCACAAUGA